CAACUCUCAAGGCACUGACUGGCAACAUGCAGAGACAAAAGUGAACAAAAUAUAUUGUCAGAUAGUUAAUUGAGUGAGUUGUUCGGUAAACGGCUUGGGAAUGUUUAACGCUUUUGUUUUGUUCUGUUUGCCCUUGUGUCGUCUGGUUGAUGUGACCGAUGCAGUGAAGUCAGUGUCAGUGAAUGAGGGAGAUUCUGUCACUCUAAACACUGAUGUCACUGAAACACAGCAAUAUUUGAUGAUACAGUGGACGUUCGGCAGCACAAGAAUCGCUGAAUUUAACAGGCUCACACAAACUAGCUCUAAGUAUGAUGAGAGAUUCAGAGACAGACUGACUCUGGAUCAAACCGGAUCUCUGACCAUCACAAACAUCACAACCUCAGACUCUGGAUUUUAUCAACUAACACUUGUCAGUGGAGAGACCAAAUACAAGGGUUUCAAUGUUACUGUCAAUGAAAGAUCAUCAAGCUCCAAUUGUGUGCCGUCCAGCUUUAUGGUGAACGAUUCAAACGUCAACCAGACUGAGGAUGACAACAACACUGAACUCUAUCAGCCAAAUUCAGCCCACAUCCACUGUUGUAGUUUCACUGAAACUGUGAUCCGAUUGGCUCUCUCGGCUCUGGUGGGCGUGGCUGCUGUUGCUGCUCUGGUUUAUGACAUCAGAUCUACAAGAAGAGAGCUAAUCAGAGAAAAAGAGACCAGACAUCACUGUCAGACUCCUGGAGUUAUAUCAGACCAACAGUGUGAAUUGAGCAGAAGCUUUAGUUCCAGAUAUGUAUAAAGCAGAUAUAAAGCAUACUUACAUUGAUUCUCGUUCAAACAGUUGUGUGUGGACAUGCGAUGCACAUGAUACACUAUGAUGUGUAUGUGAGCUUGUGAGUCGAAGUGAAACUGUUUGUAAAAGAGUCCAGCUUGUAGAGGAAUUAAGGUCAAUGGGGGCAAAGAAACCUCAUAAUUCAAAUUGUACAUGUCCAACCCGGUUUAAAUUUAAUCUACUUAAAGGAAACAAAUCUGAUCAAUAGAUUUAAAGGGAUACUCCACUUUUUUUUGGAAAUAGGCUAAUUUUACAACUCCCUCAGAGAUAAACAGUUGGGUUUUACCGUUUUCCAAUCCAUUCAGCCUAUUUUCGGAUAUCUAAUAUCGGUAACCAGAUUGGUCUGGUUUCUGGUCUCAUUGACUUUCAUAGUAUAUUUUUUUCCUACUAUGGAUUCAAAAACGUAAAACCCAACUGUUUAACUCUGGGGAAGUUGUAAAAUGAGCCUAUUUCCAAAAAAAGUGGAGUAUCCCUUUAAACAACUCCAUCCACACAGAAGAUUCUACUUUGGCUCCCCCUUAUGUCUAAAUACGCAAACACACUCUGAUUUACGGGCCUAUGCAUGUUGUAGUUCAAUGAGAGUAUAUAGGCGCUUUUCCACUGCAUAGUACGGUACGGUUCGGUUCGGUACGGCUCACUUGUGGUGCUUUUCCACUGCAUGGU